GCUAGAGCACAUCCGGCCAGUCAUAUGAUCAUCUUUUCGCUGUCAUCUGUUAGCAGAACACAUUGAAGAUCUUUCUGACGGUGUUUUAUUCCAGCGAUGGCAACUUUAGUGGCAAAUAGAGCGAUGGACAACGGCUUGGCGGCAGCGGCGAGGACUCACACCCAAGCUGUGACCAGAAAUUACAUCUCUCAACCGAGACUAACGUAUUCUACGGUGACGGGUGUAAAUGGGCCCCUGGUGAUUCUGGAUAAUGUAAAGUUCCCCAGAUAUGCUGAAAUUGUUCAUCUGACCUUGCCUGACGGGACUAAGAGGAGCGGUCAAGUCUUGGAGGUGAUUGGCAGCAAAGCAGUUGUUCAGGUCUUUGAGGGAACAUCAGGAAUCGAUGCCAAGAAGACUGCGUGUGAGUUCACUGGUGAUAUCCUGCGUACGCCAGUCUCAGAGGAUAUGCUUGGGCGAGUGUUCAAUGGUUCAGGCAAACCUAUCGAUCGUGGACCCAGUGUUUUGGCUGAGGACUAUCUGGACAUCAUGGGCCAACCCAUCAAUCCCCAGUGCCGCAUCUACCCAGAGGAAAUGAUCCAGACUGGCAUCUCUGCUAUUGAUGGCAUGAAUAGUAUUGCCAGAGGACAGAAAAUCCCAAUUUUCUCUGCUGCUGGGCUGCCCCACAAUGAAAUUGCGGCCCAGAUCUGUCGACAAGCCGGCCUGGUGCAGAAGUCCAAGGAUGUGAUGGACUACAGCUCGGAAAACUUUGCCAUUGUGUUUGCUGCCAUGGGGGUCAACAUGGAAACUGCUCGUUUUUUCAAGUCUGAUUUUGAGGAAAAUGGCUCCAUGGAUAAUGUUUGCCUCUUUUUGAACCUGGCCAAUGAUCCCACGAUUGAACGCAUCAUCACCCCUCGCCUUGCAUUGACUACAGCUGAGUACCUGGCCUACCAGUGUGAGAAACACGUGCUGGUCAUUCUCACCGAUAUGAGUUCUUAUGCUGAGGCUCUGAGAGAGGUCUCUGCUGCCCGAGAGGAAGUGCCUGGACGUCGAGGCUUCCCAGGUUACAUGUACACUGACUUGGCUACUAUCUAUGAACGUGCAGGCCGAGUCGAGGGCAGAAACGGCUCAAUCACCCAAAUCCCCAUUCUCACGAUGCCUAAUGACGAUAUUACCCACCCAAUUCCUGAUCUGACAGGGUACAUCACUGAGGGUCAGGUCUACGUGGACAGGCAGUUGCACAAUCGUCAGAUUUACCCACCUAUCAAUGUCCUUCCCUCUCUGUCACGUUUGAUGAAGUCGGCCAUCGGUGAGGGUAUGACCAGGAAAGAUCACGCUGACGUCUCAAACCAGCUGUAUGCCUGCUAUGCCAUUGGCAAGGAUGUUCAGGCCAUGAAGGCUGUUGUAGGAGAAGAAGCUCUUACCUCUGAUGAUCUGCUCUACCUGGAGUUCUUGCAGAAAUUUGAGAAGAACUUCAUUGCUCAGGGUCCGUACGACAACAGGACCGUGUAUGAAACUUUGGAUAUCGGCUGGCAGCUUCUGCGUAUCUUCCCCAAGGAGAUGUUGAAGAGGAUUCCUCAGAGCACCUUGGCAGAGUUUUAUCCAAGGGAGUCCGCUGCUCGCCACUGAGACGUCAUGAUGGAAUAUCUGCUUCUUAUCUUCUUCAUCCGCACUGUAUCGUUCCUCCGGUGUCUGCCCUCCACCCCAUCCUUUUGCUUUUUUUCCCCCGUAACCCCCAUGAGAUGCAAGUAGUAAUAUUCUGUAGGUGUACUGUAGUAUCUGUUGAAAGUAGUGAUGUGUAAAAAGUAAUUACUCUUUAUUGUAAGGAAAUCAAACGUGUGUACUUUAUUUAUAAUAAUAAUUGUGUGGCUGCUGGAUCUUCUGCUGUCGUGAACAUCAGCGUGUUGUACCUGUAAUACAAGCUGGAAUAACGUCAUCGCGUUUGGCACUGAUUCAUCAACCGAGCGAAUGCGCGGCAGUCCCAGUCAGAAGCGUGUCAAGCAGGCGGUACUCUUGCUGUAUUAUGUCUAAAAUAUACGUUUACAUUUUCUUGUUGGAUUUGUGUUGUGAAAUAUAUAAAACAAAUUCCCGUCAGCAAAAAGUUAUUUGUUGUUCAGUUGUUUUUGUGAACAGAAAUAAAUUAAAUUAUAUGAGUACUA